GCUCUUCUUCUUUUCUUCCCCCUGCAUCGAACAAGUAGCCCAGCCCCGAAGCACCUCCCCUUGAGAAAACUGAGAAAAUUUCCAGAUCUGCUCUGCUUUGUCUUCACCGCUGGCUGCUAUGUGGGUGGGUGAUUUCUGGGCAUUUUUUCGAUUCCCCCGAAUUUUCCUUGCAAUUCCCGCCGGCUCCUCCCCAAUCUGCACUCCGGUUUUGCUUGCUGGAUUUAUGGUUCCUGAUUGUUCUGUCAGUUUAGCACUGGGAUCGAGUCUUCGGUUUUAUGCGAGUGGGGAAACGAAACCGAGGACGAGGAAACCACGGGAAGUGACGAGUUAGAAAGCUAGCCAUUUCGAGAUUGAUAUAGUUUUUAGAAAUAAAUCAUGCUUUUGUAAGGUAGAUUUUAUCUUGAAUUUAUGAGAUCAAAAUAGAUUUCGAUCAUUAGAUCAAUUACUUGGAUUUAAAUCAUUUUGGAUAUAAAAAUAAAUUGAGAUAUUUGAU